ACGAGUUCGCAAGCACGCCAGAAGGCUUUGAUGCUCAGCAGGGUCAGGGCUCAGGAGGAAUCCAGUUAGCACUUGAGUCUCAGCAGCGAUGGUUGCGCCUUUCUUGCAUAUCUAGUGCUCACACCUCCAUUUCUCACUCCUGACUCGCUCUCUAACGAUUAUUUUGGCGGCUUCUGACGGUACGACUCGCAGGCAUGGGUUUGCACCGCUAUCUGAUGUCGCGAGUUUCGAUACUGCUCGUCCUGGCGGCGAUUUGGAGAGCGUCCAUUGGGGUGCGUGGCGCUUUCGCGUGGUACAUUCCGCCGCCCGGCACGUCCUUCUACUGGCAGCUCUCAGGCUCGCAGCCAGGUCUGGUGGACAUGACGGUGAACGCCCAGGUGUACGACAUCGACGGCUUCGCGACGUCGGCGGCGACGAUCGCGCGGCUGCACGCGGCGGGGCGCAAGGUGGUGUGCUACUUCAGCUUCGGGUCCGCGGAGGACUACCGCAGCGACUACUCGCAGUUCCCAAGGUCCACGCUCGGCGGACUUGUGUGCAACAGUGACGACUGCUCGGAAGUGUGGGAGGGCGAGCGGUGGCUGGACGUCCGCAGCAGCGUGGUGCGGAGUGUACUGGAGAAGCGCGUUCAGCUAGCAAAGCGCAAGGGGUGUGACAGCAUAGAGCCGGACAACCUGGACGCGUGGAGCAACAACAUCAUGUACAAGACGAUCAGCCGCUUCAAGAUCACCGCCGCUGACCAGGCCAACUUCAACUUCUGGAUCGCCCGCACCGUGCACAAGUACGGCAUGUCAGUAGGGCUCAAGAACCCUGGCAGCCUCCUCCCAGCACAGAUGGGAGCAGCCUUUGACUGGGCCUUAGUGGAGCAGUGCAACCAGUACAGCGACUGGAGCCAGGGCUUGUGGUACAGUGGCAAGUACGGGUGCGACUAUGCCAACGAGUUUGUCGUGCGCGGCAAGGCCGUGUUCAUUGCGGAAUAUACGGACAGCUGGGGGACUACUGCAGGCAGGAAGAAUGGCAUCCAGUUUCCCCAGGCCAUGUGUGCCGACAACAACGCACAUGGCUUCACGACACGUCUCUACAACAUGGACCUCGAACCAGGGUACCGCUACCCCUUUGCUGACUGCCUCCGGCACAAGCCCGCGGGGUGUGAUGGCGUGUGGAGGCAGUGCAUCAAGCCCGCCGUUUACCAGCCGUUCUUGCAGAGCGGUAUGAAGCGGUGGGAUGCAGUGGGGCAGUGCAUGCGAAGCAAGGUAGCACAGUGCGCGUAUAAGUAGCCAUUUGAUUAAUUAUUGAGGUUGUUGUGAUAAUAUCUUAAAGCAUUUCUGCAAGUAGUUCCGAUAGAUAUUGUUGUGUUACACUAUAGUUCGCAUCCAUAGAAUGGCGUCAGCAAAUAGCGUUCGUCUGGAUGAUUACGUCAGUAGGCCGUUUCAGUCAUGCUAACAGUCGCGCUCUUUUCAGUAGCGGUUAGCGGUUAGGGCGCAUAGCGCAAAUACUUUUGAGCAGGUACAUUAUCGAAUAGGUACUUCUAGCAGAUAUAGAAGUAGUUAGUACUGUCAAACAUGUGUCCUCUCACAGUGGUUGGACUAGUAGUGCCGCCCUGUACUCGUUCUUGCCUUGUCUGUACUCCUUCUGACUGGUCUUUUAGACCCUUGUCUUAGAGGCUGGACUAGUAGUGCCACCCUGAGCUGCUUGUCUAGAACAUUCCCCUAUGCAGUCCAGGGGGUGUGUCAAACAUGUGUAGUUAUCAUGUUUGUAUAGACUGUAUAGGGUCAC